AUUUACUUAUUUAUCUAUUUAUUUAACUUUUACUGCUAUUACUCUUACUCUCAUUACCAUUACAAUUACAAUUAUAAUUACUAUCAUUAUCAUUAUUACAAGAACUAUCGACAUUAUUUUAGGAUGGGAAGUCAACUAAGUAAAGAACCCGCUCGUAAGAGCGACAAACCUCGGACCCGCCGAAAGAGGAUUCUACCUAGCAUUCUGUCACAAGCAAGAUCUACAAAAUCGAGUCGAACAAAGGAAAACAGACCAUCUGAACUCGACAGCUUUGUAUCCGAAACGUCCAUACAGUCACCCACAAAAAGCCCAUCAACAGAUAUCCCAAAGCAUUCCCAUCAUCCCUCAUACAGCCCCUCAAAAUCCUCAGCAGCCAGCUCUUUUAAAAGUGGCUCGACAUCCAAUUGCAUUGACGAAGAACCCCAAAUAUUAAACCACCCUGUCUUUGGCGAGAUCGACCUAUCGUACCUAACUCGCGCACUCAGAAACGCAAGUAGUCUUGGCACAAAAGAUCCGUUUUUCUUUGAAUACGGAGCAGAGAAAGAAUAUGACAGACAAACACGUCAACACUAUGUCCUCAAGCAAACCUUUGGAUCCAACACACAAGUAAAAUUGACCAACCCAAAGAAGAUUUUAGAGAUCGCAUGCGGUAUAGGUCUGUGGUCACUAGAAAUUGGCCAAAACUUUCCUUCCUGUAAAGUGAUUGGUAUUGAUACCUUGCCAAGUGUACAAGAAUUCGAUAAUCAUACCGGCCUUGAUCAUCAUGAAAAAGAACUGUCCAUAAGGCAACUAAAUGGGGCAGAAAGAGCAAAGAAUGUGAAGUAUCAAUAUGGCGAUAUCCUUGUACCACUGGAGUUCUCUAGUUGCACGUUUGAUUAUGUCUUCCAACGAGAUGUCGCGACAGUUGUCCCAGCUGCUCGAUGGGCUGGGUUACUGGCAGAUAUCUAUCGGGUAUUGAAGCCAAACGGACAGAUUGAAUUUGUUGAACAUUCCUUCAAUUUCUCAAAUCCUGGACCUAUUCUUUUGCUCGCAACUGACUGGAUAAGCAAGGUUUCACAAGGCUUAUGUAUAGACGUGGACUAUUUAGACACUAUGGACAACAAGCUACUACAAGCUGGAUUUGUAGAUCUUGAAGUAGUGGAAGUAGAUGUUCCCGUUGGAGAAUGGCCUGCUGAUGAAGCACAAAAAGAGCAAGGAUUUUUGUACAAAUUACAAACCAAAGCCAUGUUUCAAUCGAUGCGUCUCUGGUGGGUAAUAGAGCUCGGUGUUGACAGCGAAUACUAUGACAACCUUUGCACUUUAGCACUGGAGGAACUUGAGGAGCGAAAGUGUACAAUGAAGUGGAAGAUAUGGACAGCCAGGAAACCUGGCAAUUAAUUAAUCACAUUUCUUUUUCUUUUAUUUUUAUUUUAAUGCUUUGUAUUUUUAUAAUCAAUCUACACACACACACACACACAUAAUUACUUACUUACUUACUUACUUACAUGCAUACACAAUACAUACUACACUCUACACAUUACACCCAAAUAUGCAUUCAUUUACUUGUGCCUAUGCUUGUGCGUGUGUGUGUGUGCUUGUGUGUAUAUGUAGAUGAGUGCCGAAUAUGUCCUCCCUCAAUAUUUCUCUCUCCUUCUCUCUCAACACUACUGUAAUCCCAUUUAUUUAUUAUGUACAUUUAAUAUGCAGUAAGAUCAAUCCUUAUUUUCUUAAAGAAUAUAUAUACAUACUAGAGUAAUAGUACAAAUUAAACUAUUGUUACUACCAUUGUUACCACUACUAUUUCAAUCACUAAUAACAAUAAUAAUAAUGCUAUACC